CGCCUCAGUUUGUGAAUCCUAUGAUUCUAUUCUAUGAACCAAAAAUGGCGUUCGUAUGAAUAAAUGGCGAGACCGGAGUCAAUGGCUGACAGGUAACUGUUCUCCAACUCCGGCGUUCAAACUCUCCCCUAAAACACUUGACCAUCAAAUUCGAUGAAACGACCGCACAUCUACCACACCUUUAAAAACCAAAAAUGGCGGAUCCCUAUUUUCAUAAUCUCCAUUUUCUCUCUUUUACUAAUCUUCUCCCUCGCUCUCCUCCGACUCAAAUCACCAACGACCACUUCCUACCCGUCGCACCAUUACACUUCAAAGCUGUCCACUGAAUCAUGGCUUCCAGAAAUCCCCAGAUUCGCGUACUUGAUAUCGGGGACCAAAGGCGAGGGUCCGCAACUGAAGCGAUUGCUUCAAGCAGUAUACCAUCCCAGAAAUUAUUACUUAAUACAUUUUGAUCUUGAUGCUUCCGACGAAGAGCGGCUUGAUUUCGCCAAGUACGCCAAAUCGGAACCGGCGGUGCGUCAAUUUAGGAAUGUUAUGGUGGUUGGGAAGGCAGAUUUGAUCACUUCUAAGGGUCCAACUGCUUUUGCUUCAACUCUUCACGCUGUUGCCAUUUUAUUGAAGCAGGCCAAAGACUGGGAUUGGUUUAUUAAUCUUAAUGCUUGGGAUUAUCCUCUCAUUUCACAAGAUGAUCUUCUGCACAUCUUCUCUUACUUGCCGAGAGACUUGAACUUUCUUGAGCACACUAGUGAUAUUGGUUGGAAAGAACAUCAAAGAGCACGGCCUAUCGUAAUCGAUCCUGGCUUGUAUCAUGUGAAAAAAUCUGGUGUGUUUUGGGCCAAAGAAAAGAGGUCUAUGCCUGCUUCGUUCAAGUUAUUCACAGGGUCUGAAUGGAUGGUGCUAACUAAGUCAUUUGUUGAUUUUUGUAUAUGGGGAUGGGAUAAUCUUCCUCGGACAUUACUCAUGUACUACACUAAUUUUUUAUCCUCAUCUGAGGGCUACUUUCACACUGUGGUAUGCAACCAUAAAAACUACCAGAAUACGACUGUGAACCAUGACAUGCGGUAUAUGAAAUGGGACAACCCUCCAAAUCAGCAACCUGUCAACUUGACCCAGAAGCAUUUCAGUGAUAUGGUACAGAGUGGUGCUCCUUUUGCUCGUAGAUUUUCUAUGAACGACCCCGUUCUUGACCAGAUUGAUCGGGAACUUUUAAGGAGAACGGAUGGUCACUUUGCGCCUGGGGGUUGGUGCUUGGGAAACUCUGUUGUUGAAAAGGAUCCAUGUGUACAUUUUGGGAAUCCAGAUGCGAUAAAACCAAGUGUAAAUACUAAAAGGCUUGAGAAACUUGUACUUCAGCUUCUUGAUCCUGAAAAUUUUAGAUCUAAACAAUGCAGGUAACUGUAAAAAUAUCUUACCCUUACUAACAGCAAAAAACAAAUGUCCAAAUAUCUGCAGAUUAGUUAAAACUACUUGUGUAGGACAAACAGUACCUUGUUUCUUGGUUGCUGUUGUGUGUAGUGUGAAAUUUCAAUCAAGAUAUACUCUCAUAUUUUCUGUUUAA